CCUUGACCCUUUUCGUUUAGACGAAGGGCCCUGUGGUUUCACCCUCCAAUUCCGUUCAACGUGCGCCUUGAGCAACGCGCUAUCACCGUGGCAUGCCUGAUGAUGGGUCUUCCUCGUCUUCGGGCCUUUCGACCGACGAGGUCAUUGAGGAGACGCCCGCGAAGCCAUCUCCACUAUGGGAGACCGGCGCGACGCCACCUCAUCAGAUCCCGGAACGGAUGCUCCCUGAGCGGACGCCCAGCCGGGGACGGCGAAAUAGCGUGGACAUCCUGGUCUCGAAGGCGAAGAGUGGGGCGGCCGCCGCCAUGCAGGAGCUGAGCCUGGCUCCGGACCCCAAGGCGGAAGAGAAGCGCCGAAGAAAACGCUUCUCUGAGGCUUGGGCAGAGCCAUCGAACGUGCUGGCAAGACAUGUCAGUAGCAUGCAGCAUGGCUGCGGCUCCAGAUUUGUGAUGAAGGAGAGCAAUCCGUUUCGCAAAUUCUGGAACUUUGUCAUUGGUAUUUUGCUCCUCUACACAGGAACGGUUUUUCCCUACAAAUUGGCUUUCAUUGAGUUCUAUAUCAAUAGCAGCAGCGAGAUGGAAGACGAAGUGAAGCAGGCCUGGUUUCCAGUGGAACAGACUGUGGAUAUCCUUUUCUGGACGGAUUUGUUCCUGAUCUUCGUCUUUAGCUACAAGGAUGAGAAGUUGGAAGUCGAAGUUUGCGAUCUCAAAAAGAUCUUUUGCCGCUAUGUGAAAGGCUUCUUUUUCAUAAACCUGGUGGCCUGUAUUCCACCGUCUUGGUUUGGCGUGCUCUUCGGUUCAUCGGAAGGCAAUGAGUCCUCCUCCUUGAACAAAGGCUUGCGCCUUUCCAGACUUCAUAGGACCUCUCGGCUGGCCAGGUUGGCGAGGCUGGGAAGGUUGGCGAAGCUUGCGCCUUUCCUCCACGAGAGCGCCACGUGGAAGUACAUCCAGGGCUUCCGAGGGGUUCGAAUGAUGAAUCUUUGCGUUGGCCUCAUGUGGGUCGUUCACUUGAUGGCCUGUGGCUGGUACCUCUGUGCUGCGCUACAUGAAAAGCCUGAGGACACCUGGGUCUACCGCCGUGUCGUGAACAACGGCGACCCCAGCGUGAACGACGGCGAGGGGGUCUUGUUGGUCUACGAGGAUCCGGGUGUGCAAUGGGUGCAUGCCUUGUAUUUUAUCUUGACGAUCUUCACCACGGUGGGCUUCGGUGACAUGAGCGCCUUCACCACGGGGGAGACCUUAUACGCCGAUUGGGCGAUGAUUGUUGGAACAGUGGUCAAUAGCAUCAUCAUGUCCGAGGUGAUCACCACCUUGACAGGUGUGGACCGGGCUCAAGCGGAACUGAAUAAACGCUACGGCCUCAUUAAGGAGUUUGCCGAGCAUACCCGUAUGAGUGUGAAAGCCACAUCGGCCUUUGAGAAAGCGGUACAACGCGCGUCCCACGCCGGAGAGAUGCGAGUGGAUCCUUCCCAGUUGAAGUCCUUCUUUGCCACGGACACCUUGCCGCGAGAGCUAAUGCUGGAGCUGACCAAAGACGUGUUCCAAGGCAAGCUUCUGCGCAACGAGUUGUUGGUGGCGGUCGAGCGGCACGGCAUUCCAUUGCCCCCUCGGCUAGCUCUGAUGUUGGCGGCCGUGAUGCAUCCGAAGAACUUCCAGUUCAUGGAGGAUGUCUAUCAGAACGCGGACCAACCGGUGCAUAUCUACCUGGUGAUGCGAGGGACCUUGGCCUUCGUAGGGGUGCCGAACCCCGAUGGCGGGCUGCCCCCCUUCACAGUCUCUGAGGUCCAGUCGGCGCUCCACAUCGGCAACCGGCGGCGGAAGUCGGAAGUGGGAAUCCCACCGGACCCGUCGGAGGUCACAAAUGAGCAGCAGACCAAACAGGUGCUCUAUCCUUACAAGCUUUUUGGCGUGCUCAGCUAUUUGGGCGAGUACGAGCCCUUGGCCGACCUGCCCACACGCAUGUCCUACGCCCGUGUGGAGUCGGAGAUGGGCGCUGAAGUGCUGGUCUUGCACAAGAAAGAUCUUUUAGAACUCAGAAGUGAAUUCCCUGCGUGCUCCUCGGUUUGGGUCAAGGUGGCCAGAAGAAAGGAGUGGCACCGGGGGCAGCUAUUAGAGCAGUUGAGGAUUCCUCGGAACUACAAGAAAUUGGCUCUUCAUACCAUUCAGUCCUUCUACCGGAAGCAUUUCAAAGGAAAGGUCAGAACCAAUGCACCCAAAGUGGCUCCCGGCAGCCGUUCCGGACUUGCUUCCAAUGGUUCUGGAAUUCCGACCUCGAUGCCUCCGAGCCCGUCGCACAUCUUGUCGCCCAACAGCCUCACCGACAUGGCGCAGGUGCAACAGCGGCGCACACCUUCAGUCGUCUCGCAGGAUGUUUCGAUUGGCGAACUCCAGAGGUUGAGAGGGAAGGUGGAGG